AUGAAAGAAAUGUCUCCAUUUCUCCCCGUCAAGGACUUUGUUGCAGCUCGUGCGACUUGCGGGCAAGCAGCCGAAUCGACUGCUUUCAAAGAGCUUGUGAAGUUGCACAGGCCUGAUGUGCUUCAGCGAAAAUUCCGCUCUGGUCUGCACAAUGACGACUUGGGAAGGCCGAUGACGCCCAAGCAGCGGCUAGCAGUGAGGAGAGCGCGUGGCCCGCCGAAGUCUGCUGAGCAGCUGCUCGCCGAUCAGGGCUGGCUUCGUGGUCCCGUGGUGCGGCGGUUUGGACUUUGGGGAGAUUGGGGCAUCGGCUUUGAGUACACCUACGAGCUAACAGGCUCUUGGCUGGAUGGUUGGCAGGAGUCCUGGGACGCCUUGUCUCAUGAAAUAGCAGAGCGUGAUCGAGAGCAACGUCGCUUUGUGGAAAGUGUCAUCUCCGCCCUGUGGUAG